AUGGGAGGUUUUGCUCCUGCAAAACCGAAUCAAAUCAUGUCCAGUUUGCUCUCUAUUGGUCCUAACUCGGUCCUCUCACCCUUCACUGACCGGACCAGAAGCUUCAAUCCGCUUCUUCACCGGACCCACUCCUUGCGUUUGCCGAACCAGAGACCGUUGGGGACUGCGGGUUUGGUGAGGUUCGGUUUCGGGUUCAAUCACUUGGGUUUGCCCGAUCCGGAAAGUGCGGACGGGCUAGUACGAGAGCUAUUUGGGAGAGCCGAGGGAUUCCUCUUCACGGUCGCUGAUGCGGCCGUUUCGUCUUCUUCGUCUUCGGACGCUGUCGCCAGCACGAAACAGAGUGGGGAUUGGCUCUCUGGAAUUACAUAUGGCAUGGAAAGUGUUCUUAAGGUAGAAUCGGCAAUGGCAAUGCGAUCUUUGGCUCCUCAAAUAAAGGCGAUUCAGCAACGGUAUGCUGGUGACCAGGAGAGAAUUCAGCUUGAAACUGCUCGAUUGUAUAAACUAGCUGGGAUUAAUCCACUGGCAGGGUGCCUGCCAACCCUUGCCACUAUACCUGUCUGGAUAGGACUAUACAGAGCCCUUUCAAAUGUGGCAAAUGAGGAUGGUCAUCCUCCACUUGGAUGGUCAGAUACCUUGGCAUAUCUUGUCUUGCCUGUGCUGUUAGUUCUCUCACAGUAUGUAUCUGUCCAAAUUAUGCAGUCAUCACAGUCUAAUGAUCCAAGCUUGAAGACUUCUCAAGCUAUAACAAAAUUUCUGCCACUAAUGAUUGGUUACUUUUCUCUUUCGGUUCCCUCGGGUUAA